CAGUGAUUUGACUUUUCUUUAAUAAUAUAUUUAUUGUUUUAUUCUUUAUUUUUUAAAUGUUAUUAGAUUUCCUUUUUUUAGCCAACGCAUGAGAGGUGAGUGUUGGGGGGUUUGGAGGCCUCUCAUUGAUUUGACUUUGCUUUAAUAAUACAAAUAAAUGUAAUUGAUCAAGUUUCCUACCCCUAUAAAUAAUAAUUCUUCAAUCCCAACUAAUACACAAAAGUACGUAACUCAAUUCUAUCCCGACCUCUAUCUAAUCUCUCUCCUGCCUUUUCUCCCCAUUGUUUGUUUAGAAAUUAUCAUUAAAUUUAAAUGGCUCAGGGAAUUGUCAGUGCAAAACUAGUUUUAUUGCUUGUAGUUGGCAUAUUGUACCUUUUAACUAUUACCAAGCCUGCUUAUGCAACCGUUUUCACCGUAGGAGACGCUAAGGGUUGGACCUUUAAUGUCAAAAAUUGGCCUGAGGGAAAAUCCUUCAAAGCUGGUGAUGUUUUAGCAUUUAAUUAUGAUAAGGAAAGGCACAAUGUGGUAGUGGUGAGUAAGGAAGGUUAUGAUAAAUGCUAUGAACCAACCCCAUCAAAAGUUUACCAAACUGGAAAUGAAAAAAUCAGCUUGGCCUCAGGUCCAAACUAUUUCAUCUGCUCUUUCCCUGCCCACUGCCACAACGGGGUCAAGAUCGCUGUUAAUGCAUCAUAAUUAAUUUCUCUUUGAAGAAAGCAAGCUAGUAUAUUAAUUUAAGGAUAAAGUGUCUAUGAGUAUAUAUAGAGUAGUAUCUUCGGGAUAAAUGGCUUUUCCAACUUGUUUAAAUCCAAAAGGAACUAGUUUCGCAAGGUGAUGAGCAAUAACAUUGUCGUCCCUUUUAACACAAGAAAAAAUGACAUAUAAUAGAUGUGGUUUAUCAUUGUUGUGAUUACUUUAAAUAAUUAUCUUAAUUAAUUAUGUUGUA